UCAUUUUUAAACGUAUUCCAACCAGUUGUUUUGGGUUUCUAGGAUUUAUUUGCAAUUAGUCAACAAUGAAAAUAAAUUUCAAUACUCGAAUCGUUGGGACUCGAGUGGUGCUUGUCCCCUACAGAGAAGAGCAUGUUGAAAAAUAUCACGAGUGGAUGAAAUCUCCAGAGCUUCAACACCUAACAGGAUCAGAACCCCUGACACUUCAAGAAGAAUACGAAAUGCAAAAAUCGUGGAGAGAAGACGAAAAUAAGUGCACUUUCAUCGUCCUCGACGCUGAAAUUUAUUCCAAAACGAAGGAUGAAAUAGUCUCGAUGAUUGGUGACACUAAUUUGUACUUUAACGACCCUGAUGAUGCUCAUACAUCCGAAUGUGAGAUAAUGAUAGCGGAGGAGAGGGCAAGAGGUCGUAAAAUGGGGUGGGAGGCGAUAGUCUUGAUGUUGAGAUACGGAGUGGAAGUUCUAAAUGUAUCCAAUUACUCUGCAAAAAUCAAAAUGGAUAACGAGAAGAGCAUCAGGAUGUUCCAGAAGCUCAAGUUCGUGGAGGUCAGUAGAAGUGAGGUUUUUCAAGAAAUUACACUUUUCCGGAAAGUCGACGACGAAUGGACCGAGUGGCUUGCGUUUGAAACUUCCGGCACUUCCAGGGAAGAUCAAUACUGUCCACACAAACUUUUGUCGAGCCAGAGUGAAAAAUCAAGAAUGGAGGAGACAAUGAAUGAGGAACGUACACAAGAAGAUUUCGUUAACGAUCUGAAUUUUAAGGAUGUUGAUCCUGAUGAUCCACUUACCAAGGCAGCACUCAGUGAUCCUGUUGAGGAUGAGUGGGUGGACAUACUCGGCAAUGGCCAGCUGAGGAAGAAAACUCUUAUCAAAGGGCAGAAGAACACACGUCCUCAACGGAAUGAUAUAUGCAUUGUUGACAUUGUUGGGAAGUUGGAUAGUGGGAAGGAAGUUGAACGUUUCAUUGAUUUUUCGAUACAGCUGGGAGAUGUUGAGUUGAUUCAGGGUUUAGAUUUGGCAAUAGCACUGAUGGACGUUGGAGAGUCAGCAGAAAUAGAUGUAGCCUCAAGGUUUGCCUAUGGGGACCUUGGAAAAGAGCCGGACAUUCCUCCCGCCGCAACUCUGCAUUACGAUGUUAAUCUAAAAGCUGUAGAAAUGGAGCCUGAAAUCGAAGAGAUGGGGUUUACGCAGCGGAAAGACUUCGGUAACAGAAAACGCGAACGUGGCAAUUGGUGGUUUGCCAGGGACGAGCCUACGUUGGCGAUUCAGUGCUACCGAAGGGCAUUAGAUUUUCUCCAACCCUCGGGAGACGACCACAAGAAGAAUCCUAAGGAUAUCAUAACAGAUUCUGAAUUGCAAAUUCUUCUCGAGGACAGAACGAAAAUCUACAACAAUCUUGCGGCUGCACAAAUAAAGACCGGAGCUUACGACGCCGCACUCGAGAGUGUUGAUAAUGUUUUGAGAGUUGAUCCGAAGAACGUAAAGGCAUUGUUCAGGAAAGGACGAAUUCUUCAUAAAAAGGGUGAACAUGCAAACGCGACAGCCGUCCUCCAGAAUGCAGCGAAGCUUGAUCCGGAUUCCAAAGAAAUUAUUCGUGAAUUGUCCAUCUUGAAGGAGAAAAGUGCGAGAGAAACAUUACAUGAGAAACAUCUUUAUCGUAAAAUGCUGGGAAACCCUAAAGAAUCCGCGCCGACUUCCAAGAAAACGAUUUCCUCAUCAAAGAGUACAGGAAGACUCACCUGGAGUCUCAUUGGUGGUACAAUUGCUGCAAUCGCGGGUGUUAUUGUCUACAGAUUGGCAUUUUAAUUAAAAAAAUUAUUUACAUUAUCACUUGCAUAAUAAUGAUAAUAUAAUUGAAAAAAAAGAAAACAGCAAAACCGUAUAAUGACGUACUGUGGAAAGUAAGUCUGUUACUCAUGACUUUUGGAAAUUGAUUUUUCAAUAAUACAGUUGACAUUCCGAAUGC